GAGAGAGAGAGAGAGGGAGAGAGAGAGAGAGAGCAACAAAUAACAAUGAAAGUUUCAGAGAUUUCAAUCAAAUCCCCCGGCCACCACCAACAAGAAUAGUGCCGACGUUCAAAGCCGUUCAGGAAAUCCCCACAAACCAAAACCCCCCCUUUCAGACGCCGUCAAGACGACACCAAGACAUUCCUCCAAGACCCAGUGCUCUCUCACUAGAAGUUCAUACAUUUGAGGACGCGAGGAAUUUUGGGUGGGAACUGAAUGAGAAAAUUGACUUCAAUUGGAAGAAACUUUUGCAUAAGAAGGCACAUGGUUUGCGACUUUUAUGAUCUCUGCUACUCCUCAACAUAAAGGAUUCUACUGAAUAUAUUUCAUAGAAUAUAUUUCAAAGAUAAUUCUUUGUUUCCCUCAAUCUCUUUGCCGCUUUUGUUUCAAGCUUUGCGGUUGAACAGAGAAGAGAAAAACCCACCGAACAAGCUCUCAAAUUAUCAGCAAUUCCUUUCCUUAUUUUAUAUUUUCCAAUCAGUAAAACCCGUUGAGCUCUAUUUUAUCCUGUAUUUCAAUGGAAACCCAGAGCUUGCUUUCUGGGUUUUACUCAAACCCAACGAUCCCACUAGUCCGAAACAUCAAGAAGCCAUUCUUUGUGGCGUCACCGCCUCUUUCUUCAGCAUCUUUCUCUCAACCCCGCAAAUGGGUCUUGUAUAGAACCUGUCAUUCUGUUCCACAAAAGGUGUGGUCUAAGCAGAGAUUGAAGUGUAAAAACGUUGUAGAAAAUGUAGAGAAUGAUGCUAUUUCUCAUGGGAAAGAUUUGAAAAAUGGGAUUAGAAGGAAAAAGCUAGCUGUUUUCGUCUCCGGUGGUGGGUCGAACUCCAGGUCCAUUCAUGAAGCUUCUCUUCGAGGAUCAGUUCAUGGAGACAUCGUUGUUCUGGUCACAAAUAAACACGGCUGUGGAGGUGCAGAGUACGCAAGAGAUAAGGGCAUCCCAGUUGUUUUGUUCCCCAAAACAAAGGAGGAACCUGACGGACUCUCCCCAAGCGACCUUGUAUCUGUGCUUAGGAGAUUCGAGGUUGACUUUAUACUCCUAGCGGGAUACGUAAAACUUAUACCGGUGGAGUUGAUCCAAGCUUAUCCAAGAUCCAUAGUAAACAUCCAUCCAUCACUCCUUCCAGCUUUUGGAGGCAAAGGCUAUUAUGGUAUGAAGGUUCAUAAGGCAGUCAUUGCUUAUGGAGCAAGAUACUCAGGUCCAACAAUUCAUUUUGUUGAUGAGCACUACGACACUGGGCGUAUUCUUGCUCAAAGUGUUGUCCCUGUGCUUGCUAACGACACUGCAGAGGAGCUGGCAGCUCGAGUUCUUCGGGAGGAGCAUCGGCUGUAUGUGGAGGUUACAGAAGCGUUGUGUGAAGAGCGGAUAAUUUGGAGGGAAGAUGGUGUUCCUCUCAUCCGGAGCAAAGAAAACCCAAGUGAGUUCAGGUAGCAGAACCAAACAUCAGCAAUUUUUAUUUUUGUAGGGCUCAGGUUUUCUAUCUGUCACUUUUGCCAAGUCUCAAUAUAAUACCAACGUACUUCAAUACA